UACAGCGAUGAUUCAAAGAUGGGUCGCGGCAGUCAACACGGUCCUUGUUUUCAGCGCAUUCCUUGUGUUCGUUUGCGAAUCAAACAUCGCCCACGGCACAACUAGGAAGGCUAUAAACUCAUUUGCGGGAAAGUACAUCGCCUACGCAGACAGGUUUUACAUGUGUGAAGAGGGUGAUAGCCUUGACUGGCGCUGGAACCUGAGGCACUCCCACUGGAAUCCUGCAAAGCCGAACGAGCUGCAACGCCUUACUGGGUGGCUGAAUGGCUCCAUUAACCACGUUACAGACUCAAGCUGGGCUCAAGUUAACCUGGACCGACGAUCGAACAACAUGUGGAAGGACAACGCGUUAAUAUUCAAGUUUCCAGCGGGCUCGUGCACGGCGUUGAGGAAAAACAUACCCGGUUUCUACUCGACCGUGUUCAAACUGCCCAAAGAUGGGCCGUGCGACAUUCCUCCGGGAAAUUACGAGGUGAAGAAUGAAUCAGUCAACUGGGCGUUCCCCGCCGUGCCCAUCCUACAAUAUGGAGAAUAUCGCUUCCGUUUCCGCCUGGGAGCGGCGAAGGCAAAAAACCCCUACACUUGCCUCGUAGUGGAAUGCCACGUAGUUCCCCAGUCGUAAACAAUGCCUUAAGGCGCCGCCGUGGAACUUGAAACCAACCUCACGCUCCUCCACGCCCUCGUCCAGAAACGGUCCAGAAAAGGCUUUCCGCGCGGUGCCCUGCAACGGCCAACUCACUGAACACGUUAGAAGGAACAGAAAGGUUGCAAAUAAAGUGACGGCAUCAAAUC